GUUGUACAUAGGGUCACUGUGAGUCAGAACUGACUCAAAGACACCUAGCAUCAACAACAACCCUAAUGUUAACCUAACCAUGGUAUGUUUGUCAAUUUGUCAAAACUAAGAAAUUAACAUUGGUACGAUACUGUUAACUACAGAGUUUAUUCAGGUUUUACCAGUUUUUUCACUAAUGUCCUUUUUCUGUUCCAGGAUACCACCUUGCAUUUAGUUUCAAUUUCUCCUUAGUCUCCUCUGAUUUGUGAGAGUUUCUCAGUUUUGCCUUGUUUUCAUGACCUUGAAACGUUUGAAGAGUACUGGCCAGUUAUUUUGUAAAUGACCUUCAAUUUGGGUUUUUCUGAUGUUUUCUUAUGAUUAAAUUGGGGUUAUGGAUUUUAGGAAAGAAUACCACAGAGGUGAAGUGCCCUUCACAUCACGUCACACCAGCAGGCAAAUGGUAUCAACAUGAUUUAUCACUAGUGAUGUUAACCUUGAUCACUUGGUUAAGCCGCUGUCUUUCAGGUUUCUGCACUGUCAAGUUACUAUUGUUUACUCUUCCCACAUUCUAUUCUUUGAAGGCCGGUCGCUAAAUCCAGCUCAUGUUCAAGGGGAGAAUUAAGCUUCACCUCCUGGGGAUUGUGCCUUCUACAUACUUCGGCUCUGUGUUCCAGUGUCAUCCCAUCAUCCUGUGAUCAACUGUGUUCUGCCAGGAUCCAUCUGACAUCAGUAAUAAUAUCCCUGGUUCCACGUCCUCUUCUGAAUCCGGCUUGAAUUUCUGGCAGUUCCUUGUCCUUUGUGAUUACGUCGUACCCACCUAGAUAAUCUAGGAUAAUCCUAUUUUAAGAUUUUUACUGCCUUUGGAUGCUACUCUUGAUAUGGAGAAGAUUGAGGAACAAUUUGCUAACCUGCACAUUGUUAAGCGUUCUUCAGAAAAUAAAGAGCCCACUUACCUGCUUGGUAUAGACACGUCAAAGACUGUACAGGCAGAAAAAGGAAGCUUGGUUGCUGUUUUAUGUUCUAAUGGAUCAAUCAGAAUAUAUGAUAAAGAAAGAUUAAACGUACUACGAGAAUUUAGUGGACUUCCUGGACUUCUUAAUGGAGUCAGAUUUGCAAACUCCUGUGACAGUGUAUAUUCAGCAUGUACUGAUGGCACUGUAAAAUGUUGGGAUGCUCGAUUAGCCAGUGAAAAACCUGUUCAGCUGUUCAAGGGUUACCCUUCCAAUAUUUUUAUCAGUUUUGAUAUCAACUGUAAUGAUCACGUCAUUUGUGCGGGUACAGAAAAAGUUGACGACGAUGCAUUGUUGGUAUUUUGGGACGCAAGAAUUAAUUCUCAGGAUAUGUCUACUGUUAGAGACCCACUUGGUACAUAUUCAGAGACCCAUAGUGACGAUAUCACUCAAGUACGUUUCCAUCCCAGCAAUCCUAACAUGGUAGUCUCAGGUUCAACCGAUGGUCUAGUAAAUGUAUAUGAUAUUGGUGUUGAUGAUGAAGAGGAUGCACUGGUUACAACCUGCAAUUCUGUUUCAUCAGUAAGCUGUAUUGGUUGGUCUGGGAAAGAUUAUAAACAGAUUUACUGCAUGACACAUGAUGAAGGAUUUUGUUGGUGGGAUCUUAAUCAUCUGGAUACUGAUGAAGCAAUUACACGUUUGAACAUCCAGGACGUCAGAGAAGUAGUUAAUGUGAAAGAAGGUAUUUUGGACUAUUUGAUUGGUGGCCUAUAUCAUGAAAAGAUGGACAAAUUGUUUGUUGUUGGAGGAACAAACACGGGAAGGAUUCAGUUACUGAGCUGUACCCCAUCAGGAUUGAACCAUGUGAUGAGCCUUCAGGGAGGGCAUGCUGCUACGGUCCGUUCCUUCUGUUGGAAUACACAGGAUGAGUCUUUGCUGACUGGGGGAGAAGAUGCACAGUUGCUGCUUUGGAAACCUGGAGCUAUAGAGAAGACCUUUACAAAGAAAGACAGCAUGAAAAUAGCAUCCUCUGUGCUCCAGCGCAUGCGAGUUCACAGUAAUGAUUCUUAUAAGAGAAGAAAAAAGCAGUGACGUUAAAUUGGGGGUUUACUUGAUAGGUUUUAUAGUUUCAAGUAAUUAUUUCUGUCUACAAUCUAUAGUAGACAUGUUUAAAAUUUAUACGUAAAAACAAGCCAGUUAGCAAACCCUCCUGGAAAGAAUGUUGAGAAUGGUUUAAUUCAGUUCUUCAUAUAUUUUAAAAUUAUUUUGUUAAAGAGAUCAGUUGAAUAUAAAAUCAGCAAGUUGAAAGAAAAUUAUGUUCUUCAUUUUUAAAACCCAUCUGUUGAAUUAGUAAAUGUUGGGUUUAAAGAUAGCUUUGAUAAGGACUCUUUAGAAGUAGAUGGCUGGUAAGGUGUAAUAAGACGUGGUUUUGGCUG